GUUUGUGGGAAAGUGAGUCAUCGACAUGUUCGAAGCGGAAAAACAUUGUGUAUAAGUAUCGAGUUGACAUCUCUGUACAGUGAAUGAUAACCUGUCUCGCAGAAAAGCUGCCCUGCGGUAUAGAGUAGUGGAAUUGUCUUGGAUAAAUACAGUUGCACUUCCUGCCGAAAGAAAAUGUUUCACAGACGUUCCGCAAGUGUUGGUGAGCUGCACGGAGGUCACGGCGCCCGGGAAGUUAGCGCAGACGAGGAUGCGAACUUGGAGAGGUCUAAGAGCUCCAGGCAACUAACGAAAAAAAAGAGCUUCAGAUUUGGCUCGAGGGAUUUUGUUGGAGGCAAAAGAUUAGUGAGGAGGCCGUCGAUGAAAUCUGUUACGAAUAUGGUUCACAAACUUGUCAUAAGAGUAUCUGCUGUGCAGUUUCCUUCGAACGCGGCUUACUCGACAACUUCGAUUGGUAAAAUCGACGAGAACGCUUCAUACAAGAAGAAAAAUUUCGAUGCAGCUGAACAACCUCCUUCGAACAUUCAAAGAAGUAGAUCGGCUGAGGCAAUCAACGUUUCUGGAUUGAAAAACCAUGGCAAUACUUGUUUUAUGAACUCGAUUAUUCAAUGUCUCGCUCAUACUGAUUUGUUAGCCGAGUACUUCGUAAUGGACCAAUACAAACAGGACUUAAAACUUCGGAAGGGGCAGACCAAGAAGUUUGGAACUCGCGGUGAAGUAACGGAGAAGUUAGCUGUGUUGCUCAAGAGUUUGUGGUCAAGUCAGUACAAUUCACAGAUUAGCAGCGAUUUCAAAAUGAUCGUAGGAAAAUAUGGGGCUCAGUAUAGAGGCUACUCGCAACAUGACGCCCAAGAAUUUUUGCUUUGGCUUUUGGACAAAGUACAUGAAGAUCUGAAUCGAGCAACCAAGCGAAAAUACAAGGCGAACAAGGUAUUUUUAAAGGAUAUAUGAAAAAAAACCAAAAAAACACAUUUGCUAUUUUUGACACUUUGCAGUGUUGAUCAAAUUACCUGCUCGAAUGUCAUGCAAUUUAAUGCGAAUUUUGAUUUCACCUCAUUCACGGUUAAAAGCAAAACAAGUCCUGUUUUUGUUUUCUUCAGGUCAGUGUUUUGACAAUUUGCAUAAAAUUCGUUUAUCUGUGGUUCGUUUGAGAUAAAAACCUUCUUGUUUUGACCUUUUGUUGUGGUUUUGAUUAGUAGCCAGACACGUACGAGUUGUCGAAAAAUAUUUUUUCGCGUGCUCUAACCGUAUUUGCUCUUUGAUUGAUCCCGUCGCAUUUCAUAAACCAAACGUUUACAAAUUUUCUCCCUCACGUGAGCUUCGAUGGGACAUAAUCCGUAAGAGAUAAUCGUGCUUUGACUUUCUUUCUUUCUCUGGCAUCCCAGAAGUUAAACUUGAGUUGUGAUCGAAUGAACACAUACAGUUCGUUCGAAUUUAGAUUACCUGUUCGAUGCCAUAUGUUGACCAUAUUUCUUGUUCUAAUGAUUAUUCUUGUAAGAACUUUGUUCGGAUGUUUUCCACAUGAAGUGUAACGUAAACCAUUUACUAAGUUUUCAAACGGAAGCAAAAAGAAUUUGAAGUAUGUCUCGUCGAUGAUCAACGAUACGCUUAAAAUACUGAAAAUGGGGUGAUAAUUUUUAGCGUCCGGAGUGAUAUUCCUAAUGAUUGAUUCUUUGUGUUUUCUUCGCGGUGGGAUAAAAAUAGCCCGAAGUUUCGUGAACCAAAAUGGUGUGGUUCGUUCUGGUAGAUUGGUUUGCUGGAGGCCUUUUUUUUUAAGUAAGAGGGUGAACUUAAAUUAAUUGAAGUGUUGGUGUCUGAACUUAUUUUUAAAACGCGCAUUAAUUUUUCUGGUCCCUUUUCGUUAAUUCUGGUGUUAAAUUAUGUUUUCUUGUUAGGCGCUAUUAUCAGUUGCUCAGGAUAUAAUAAGACCACUUGCAGUUGAGUCCAUUAGACGCAUUCACUAAUUGUUCCGAAAAAUUGUUAGCAAAAGUAGAGACAGUGGCCAGUUUUCUUAAGAGAUAAGGUUCCUCCAUUUUUACAGUUGUUUUUUUUUUCGUUGAGGUGUAUCACUUUUUAAAUGCUGUGCAGUUUCAAUCUUUCUGCAUGAUUUCCUCCCAAAAUGUUACCAGACUUGCCAGCCUCCCAAUAGGCAAAAAUCUUAAGAUUCUGAACCUGGAGCCAGGAAAAGUAGUGACAUGUUCAAAAUUUCCUAGUGGAAGAACUUCAGGUGGGGAUCAUGGGUAUUUACAGUCACCAGAUUUAUCAUCACUUUAGUCUUCAUUGCUGCAGAUAUCCACACAUUUGUUGAAGGGGCAGGAGGCAUCUUGAUUAUGAGAGAUUAAGUUUUACCUUAAAUGUGAUACUGGGUAUUUGUUGGUAGCAACAAGUGGUGGUAGGCUGAAGAAUGUAAACUUAACAAUGUACCAAGUUGGCAAUUAUUCACUUCCUUACUAAUUAAAUUCAACCACCACGUGUUUUCUUUUGGGCUGAGUUUGCUGUGUAACUUGAAAACGUCAAGCCGCACAGAUGCUCCAAAAGUUUUUUUUGUAGGAUGACUUUCCAAUAAAGCUUGAGAAAUCAGUGUUGUCAACUUAUAAAUGAUGAGAUCAUGAUAAAGGUUGUGAUAAUAUUGUGAGACUCACAGCAAAGUUGUGAGACUUGGCAAGUCUGCAUUUAAUACACUAACUUCUAUUGCCUAAUGGCCUUGUUAGUCUGUUAGAUUAGGGAAAUUAUUCUUGUUUGUUAAUAACCAAAUUUUUAAAGAAAGGUAUGAGAGGAACCAGAAUUUUAAAUGAACUCUUCAGAACUGUAUUGGUACUGAUUCUCUCUAAUAACAAAAAGCGAAAAGGCAGCAUAUCCAUUGCUGGUGUAAAGUAAAAUGGCAUGUCUUUUUUUGUCUGAUCAGUGGCGCAUCGCGUGUUGAAGUACUUUCAGGUCAGAAGCCUCUCUUGCUAUAGACCAGAUGGGCUGACCAGUUGAUUUAUUACUCAUUCAAAUGAAUGCUGUGCAUUGUAAGAUCAAACAUACAUUAUAGUAAUUGAACUGAGUGGAGUGCAAUUUGGUCUGAAAUCAUACCGUGAUUUCAAAAUUGCGUAAGUGCAGUGCAAGUUCGAUUUGAAAUCACAAUGAUGAUUUCAGACCAAAAUUGCAUGACACAAAGUUCAAAAUGGAAUGACAGCAUUAAAUCCGACCAAAGAUGCUCUGCUGACUGGACCAGCGCCUAUUGUCUGGCAGCUAGGUGCACAAAAAGCACAAAACUUUAAACUUUCAAUUUAGAUUCCUUCACCGAAUUUUACCAACGAACCUUUUCCUAACAAAAAUCGAUAUAAAGCAGGACCCGAACUGCUCUUUCUGUACCAUCCAUCCCGAAAACCUAAUCCACCUCUUCUGGAACUGUACAAUAGUAGCCACCUUUUGGGAAAAUUUGACUGAAAAACUAAAGCAGAUCAAUCUAAUAACGAUAGAUUAUCCAAAAUACACUGCUGUAUAUCUGGGCCUGAAACCAGACAGCUCCAAGUUUUCACUUCAACUAAAUUUCUGCUUUCUCCUGGCAAGGUAUUAUAAAUGGAGCUGCAGGGUCAACCAGAAAAUUCCGAAUUUAACAACUUUUCUUAUGUCCCUUAAAUCGCAGUUUUACAUAGAGUCCAACAACAUUGAUGCAACUUCUAAGAAAUGGAAUCCUUUACGUCCACUUCUCAACAUUACAUAGCUUUUGGUAAAAUAAAAGCUUUCCUAUUUAUCCAUUUUCUGUAAAUGAACCAAGGCCAAUGUGCAAUUGAGAGCUAGACAUACCGCCAAUAUUUCUUAAUUAAAGUAUCUAUUUCACAUAUCUUUCCGCACUGUUUAUUAUUAAUCAUCUUAUUAAUUAUCUAAUUAUGCAUAUUUAUGAUUUAUUAUCAAUAUUAGCAAUUGUUGUCAAUGUUAUCUCAAGUAGUUAUUGCUAAAAACCGUUUUAGGCAGAGGCGUCGCCUUUUUUCUUUCUUUCUUUUCUUUUCUUUUCAUUUAUUUAUGGUCUUUAGUAGUCCUUUUGUUUGUUGUAAACUAGUUUUAGGUAUUUCAAUGUAAGUAAGUAGCAAACAAGUAAGUAGUAAAGCUGUAACAUAAGUAACUUUUGUAGUCUUGUUGUAAGUAAGUACCGACUGUAGCUGUAUUGUAAGUGAAUGCCAAGUGUGAUUAUAAAAAAAAAAAAAAAAUUGUUCAAAUACCACUUUAUUGCUACUAUUUUGAAAUCACAGAAUUCAGUCAGUACCAUCUUUUUUCUUUUUUUUUUGAACUAGUAGCCGGUUUGUUAUAAAGCAGCAACAAAAAGGCUGUUACACCUCAUUUUGUAUUUGAAACAGAAAUGAUGUGAUACAGAGCAAAAACGAGGUGAUUUAAAACAGAAUUGAUGUGUUUAAGAACAGAUUACAGCAAAAAAUUAAGUCUGACUUGUCAAAAUCACACUGCUGAGAGUGAAUCAGAUGUGGAUGUAAUAAUGUCCGUUCAUCUUAAGGUUUUCAUUUAAGCUUACAUUUUUGUAAUUUUAUUUCAGGAAAGUAUGGGUAAAUCAGAUGACAUAAUUGCCUCAGAAGCUCUGACCAAUCACACUCGCUGUAAUGACAGCUUUGUUCUGGAUUUAUUCCAAGCACAGUAUCGUUCCUCACUCAAAUGCCCUAGGUGCAACCAACAGUCAACCACAUUUGAUCCAUUCCUGUGCCUCUCAUUACCCAUUCCUCAGAGAGAAACUCGACCCAUCAUUGUCACGACAGUCUUUGUACAUUCAACCAGAGUACCACUACGCAUUGGAGUUAGUGUACCUUUAAAUGGAACUAUCGCUGAUUUGCGAAAUGUUGUGUCUGACAUGACAGGAAUCAAAGAGGAAUCUUUGAUUCUCACAGAACUCUACUAUGAUGGUUUUCAUAGAACAUUUCAUGAUAAGCAGUCAUUGAGUGUUGUUCAUGAUGGGGACAAUAUUUAUGCCUUUGAAUCACCCAGUCAGCUUUUUCCUGAAAUGGACACUGGAGAGGCACAAAGCUCUGUGAUGUCGGCAGACAAUGAUGGCCCUAUUCAAGACACCAUUGUGAUUCUUGUGUCAAACUGUGAGGGACCUGGUAAAACUACAUCAAGUAAAAGGUAAAAUUCCUGUCCUAAAAUGUUUUAAGGUAGAGGAUUCAAAAGUUAGUAGUAAGCAUAUAUGCAGCUUGUCUGUUUAUCAGAAUAUUGCCUUUGCAUUAACAAACAUGUGGCCAGUCACAGAAAUUCAGCAUUUAAUUGAAAAUGGAGAUGCUUUUGUCAGUGGAAAUCCCCCUUGACUGGGAUAAUGUUGAUGUUAACAGUUACUGUAGUCAAACCCAUAUCAAGUGUUCACCCUACAGAAAAUGACCAACUGACUGCUUACCACAGCUGGGUUGACCAUUCAAAAGAGGUGAAUUAACAGCAAUGUUUUCGGGCAUUGUCAUGGAAGCAGAAGUAAGAGACCAUUGAAGGGAUUUUGCUUCUGCCCUCUAGCCUAUUUGCCACUUGACUUAAAGGAAAAUGACAAUAAAAACUAGUCAGUCAGGCUUUGGUCAGUCACCGCUUAUUAGAUCUAGGGUGACUAAGUUUUCAAGGUGCUGGAUGUAUGAAAUUAGUAGGCAGAGAAUUGAAGAGCUAGGAAUUUCUUUUGGUUUUAUUUUCCUUUUCUUUCCUAUAAAGGUAGCCGGGGAUUAUGCUCAUACCAGCUGGGAGAAAUCCCAGCUGCACCCAGCCCUUAGGGAUAGCCCUGGUAAAUGCUAAGCUCUUCAUACAGUAAUCCGUGUUACGGGAUGCGGGUUUCUCAGGGAUACGGAACGAACCCCGUCUGGUGACGUUUGUGAAACAGUGCCAAGAUCUUUGUUCUAGGCGCCCUAAUAGACUGUUAUAUUUAACCGGAAGUACAUUUUGAAUUUCCCUUAAACCUGACUGGCCAAUUGAACAAUGGCUUUUUUAACAGGCCAAUCAUUGCACAUACUCAAAUCCUGAUACACAGCUUAGGGGCCAAAACGAGGGUUUUCGCGCUAGCUGACAGGUGGACUUAACCAGAGGUUUAGUUUCAUCUCAGUGGCGUAGGCUAGAUACUAUCUGCAUCACAAGUGAUAUUUUUCCUUAUUCUUUUUUUUUUUUUAUCAGAUUUGGUCUUCCAUUCAUUGUAAGAGUUCUUAGAGAACUUAGUUAUGAGAAUCUUCAAGCAGCAAUCUUGAAAGCCAUGUCAAGGAUUCUUUUAGACAACAUAUCAUCACAAGUAAGGGUCAUUCAGUUAUUAAGAGGAAAAUUUCUUUGGUCAGAGAAAAGUGCAGUUGCAUGUCCAUUAACCCAUUCGCUCCUGGAGAUUUUGCCGAAAAACGCGUUUUGAAGCUAGUCGAGUGGUUUUCUGGUCACUGUCGUUCUAUAAAGAGCUAAAACUUACCACAAACUGGUUUACAGAUCGAGCACUUCGCGGCCUUCUGAUCCAGAUGCAAAAUAUGAGCUUGCGAAGUUCGGGCAUGCGCAGAAAGCAAAAUUUCGAGAUAGUUUUUGGGUUUAAAAGUGACACAGCAGUCUUGACUUUUACUUUUCGCUUUCUCUUCUCCCUUCUUUUUUCGCUUUUCUUGCCUCAUUUUUUUUUUCUCUUGCUGGGCAUUUAGUAGGCUUGAUUUUGGUAGCAAGAGUUUUUAGGAAAGCUUUUAGGAUCUUAGGAUUAGGUGAAAGGAAAGGUAAGUGGGUAAUGGAACAAGAUUUUCAUGGAGAUUUUCAGGUCAAUGUCACAUGGUUUUUUGCUUGUUUCUCCGGUGUCCUUGACUGAAUUGUGCUCAUUGUGGUAUGGUUUGAAAGAUCUCUUCACUCUGCACAAGUUAGCGAAGAAAAGUUGUCCUUGACCGUUAAAACUGAUGACGUCACAAUGGGUAGAAAGGACCUGGAUCCGCACGGGCGGUUACGGGCGGUUCAGGGGCGAGUGGGUUAAAGAAAGUACCAAAUGAGUUACAGAAAAGCUUAAAUUUUUGCUCAGAACAGCGAAAAUUCAAGGCAACUUGACUCAUAUUUUACUGAAAUUUUUAAUUGAGUAGCCUGUCAAAAUGUAACAACCGGCUGUACAAUGACUUCAGAAUUCAUCAUUUUUUGUAGUUUGACAGUUAAUAUUCAUUAGUACCGGAACAAUUUUUUACAUCUUAUUUCAGACAAUGCAGAAGCAAGGCUUGAUUUUCCGACUGCGUGUUGUGAAUGGUUUGCCAGGAAAGAGUGCACUUUCCCCAGAGGUGGACCACCCCCUCUACCAGGCAACUGUUGACAAGUAAGUCUUGAGAUAUACAGCUGAAUCAUCCUUGACCUUCCCUAAUGAAAGUAAACAGACUCUGAUGCAAGUUUACUGUGCAGAAUUGCUGGACGAAGUUGUUUGAAAGAUGAUGAGCACUGGUCAGCUGCCAAGAUAAUAUUCAUAUGCUUUAUUUAUGUGCAGUUUAGUAACCCAUUAUUACCAAAUUGAGUCGUCCACUCACAGUUUUGAGGAAACUGUUUAAAAGCUGUGUAGAUGCUACAAGGAUCAUUCAGACACUUCUAAUAUUCUAUAGGCAAUUAAAUCAACAAAGGUCAAACAGCAAACAGCCAAAAUGUCAAGAUUUGUGGUCACUUACAAGAAGUGGCUGCUUAGUACAGAAGAUUUCUACAACAAGUGCUAUUGUCAGGUACCAGGGUGCUUACCAUUUACACAAACCACCCGGGUGGAAAUCUUGUGCAUAAACAUAAAACUAAAAAAUUUGACGUGGUGGCAGAGCAAUCCACUACAAAGUAUAUCCAAAUCAACUGAACAGACUAAAACAGGAGAAAAAUUGAUCGCUUCAAAUUACAGCCCAUAUUUUCUAAAGCUUCCCAAACAGAACAAAGUAAACCACUUGAUUUUCCAACCAGAAUUUCCAGUUUUUCCAUGUAAAUGGUAAGUACCCGGCCUGGUUUGGGAGAACUUAUUUUGGUGCACAGGUGCUGGCGUAUACAGGAUGACAUCCCACUUUGAAAUUCUAAAUUGACUACAGAGUUUAUAAAAAACAGUCUAGACUGAUGUAGGAAAGAUUUUCAUUUUUGUUACUAUACUUUGUUCCUACAGAGCGCUUAUGGCUUGUGGACCGGGCAGUGGUCCUCAACACAUCAAAGUGAUUGCUGAAUGGGAACAAGAGACAAGAGUCAGGUAAAUAUAAAUAACCACCAGUACAAGGUGAAUAUGUUGAAUUUCAAUUCACUUGGUUGAAAGACCAGUGUUGCCAUGGUCAUUUCAAGGGCAUUUUCUUUCAAAUCCUGAUUAGCCACAGGCUUUCUUUUAGCAACUGCAUAAGUUGCUUUUUGACAGGGAUGGUCUUCUUCAUUCCACGGUUUCAAUAUAUAAAUUUCAUAUAUUCACCAACAACUCUAUAGUACAUAAACUUGCAAAUCACAGUAAAAACAUUAAUGGUUAUAUUUUGGGUUGAAAGUAAUCUUUCAAACUUCCCUUAUAGAUUUGUUAGGUCCAGUGUUUUUCAAGAAAGGCCUGAAGAGCACUGCAGCGUGCGUGAGAUGGAAUCAUUUCAUAACAGCUCACACCAUGCUGAAUUAGAGGACUGCUUCAGGUUGUACACCAAAGAUGAAAAGGUAACAAGAACAAUUAAUUAAUAUAGUAACCGUGAUGACAAAAUACUUAUCUGAUACCCCUAGCCAGCCUGGGUGUUACUUCCUGUAAUGGCCUGUACAGGAAGGCUCAGCUUAGCUUUUUCACACACAAUCAUCUCUUGAGGGUAUUUACAGAACUUUACUGACCUUUUACUCUGAAUUUUCAACUUUUUCAGCUGGGCUCUGAAGAUGCUUGGCUUUGUCCAAGAUGCAAAAAACUCCAGCAAGGAACAGUGAAGAAACUGAGCCUAUGGACUCUGCCAGAGGUGCUGGUGGUUCAUCUAAAGAGAUUCAGGCAGGUCAGUAUUAUAAGUCAGUUUUUUUUGUUGCACAACAUCAGCUUCUCUUUUAUUAUUUUUUUUCUUAAGAAAAUUACACAGUUUUUUAAAAGUGGUCAGAGAUGUUUUUAACUCCCAUCAGUCAAAAUGAGCCAACAGCUAGCAAUUUUGCUGCUUUCGGUGGAAGAUUUGCAACGUACUCAACAUGAGGCCUUUGCCACCUGCUACUCUGAUUGUCAUGCCCACUAUUGUAAAACAUUUGCCCCAUAUGUUUUACUACCAUAAAAAGAAGUGGGGGCAGGAAUAUUAAUUUCAAAGCAGCUUCUGGAUUGGAGAGAAGGAAUUUUUAGCAAAAGAAAUAGUAAUAUGAAGAGUUUUUUCACAAAUUGGGAUACAGACUUACUUUGCAACAGAAAGAGUGGAGAAAGAGGUUCAGACAUUAUUUUGUUCUGUCAGUUUAGGACUGAUCCAGUAUGUCAGAACUCCUCUCUCCACCACCAAAAGAUGUAAAAUUGAAAAAUGUGACAGUUAGAUGAGUGUGCUAGUCAGGAAUGACAACUGCAGUGUACUUAUUAACACUUGCCAUUUCCCCAUGCAGACAUCGGCAGGUCGCACCAAGCUCCACACCUUGGUAGACUUCCCACUGACUAACUUGGAUAUGAAGACACAUUUAGAACCCCGCAUCAAAAGAUCAUCACCAGAGACACACUCCUUAGGGUGGGGUACAUGGAGGCGUCAUCGCGCCCCUUCUGUAAUCGGAUCAGAUGAAGAGCACCUUUACGACUUGUAUGCUGUAUGUAACCAUACUGGUGGAAUGUCUGGUGGUCAUUACACAGCGUACUGUAAGAAUCCUGUUGAUGACUCAUGGUGGUUGUUUGAUGACAUGCGUGUCGAGAAGAUAAAUGAGAACCAGAUUAUCACCAAGGCUGCUUAUCUUUUGUUUUACGCCCGACGUAAUGUUGGUUCCUCAUCAGUUUCGGAAUCUUCUUCCGGAUACGAUCAUUGGACAAGGAGGAUGCCGCAAUUUUCAUUUGAAUCUGUGUUAAGAUCGCGUGAUGAACUUACUUCUAAUAAAGAAAAUGCAAAUGGUAAGCUUAAGGCCUGUUUUUUCCCUGUGGCAUUAUAGUAGGUCUAGUUGAUUUUCUUGUAGUGUUUAGGUUUUGUUUGAGCUAAUUCUAUACCCUUCUAACCGACCAGUUUUGUGGUUAAUGCUUAGGAAAUGAUGGUUAAUUCGAACCAUUGGCAUGUUUUCUAUUUUAUCCAAAGAUCUCUCAGGAUCCGUAGAUGCACAUUGAUGCUGUCUCAUCCCCAACUCUCUAUCAUGUAAUUAUUGUAAUUACAGUCGCAAAAAGGUCUCGUAGUGACCGAUCCCGUAAGCAACCGCAACCAAUUUGUUUUUAAACUCUCAUAAGGGACCAAUCAGAGUCCUAUUCAUCUAAAUCAACACUUUAAUGAAACUACACACUGGGCUGAUAGUUCGGUGAUAAAGAUCUUAUACAGUGCAGUAUUGAAUUUGUAAAAGUUCAUGGCCCUUUCCAUAGCGUUCACUUAGCCUGCGUGGCAAUGACCACAGAGCCUAACGUCAACAUGAACACUAGUCUUAGUGACUCUGAAUUAUUAAUGAGUUUCUGAAGCUUUUGUAAUCCACCACACCCUAUUGUCUUACCAUGCGGUACAUUCUUGUAAGCAACCAGCUCUAGUUACGACCACUUUUUUUAAUUUCCAAGGUGUUCACUUGUGAGAGCUUGAACUGUAUUCUCCUCUAAAACUAAGUUUUAAGAUUGAGUUAUCUAAAAUAGAAAUUAGAAAAUAUUUCUCUUUAAUUUUCUACUCAGUUUUAUCAUAUGAGGCUAUAUUAUUCUUGUAUCAGUGCACCCAUGUUGUGGUUCCAAUUCUUGCUUGUAACUGCUUUGUCUCAAAUACAUUACCUUAAGCUGAGAUAAAGAAAAUAAAGAAUUGAAUAAGGGUGAAAAUAUUAUAUUAAGAAUUUGCUCUAGUAUGAUGUCUCUCCUAAGAUAGAUGAUUUAUGAUAUAAAUACCCCUCUAAUCGCCAAACAAGCUUUUAUCCAGAAAAUUAUAUAUAUUCCACCAAUGUUUUAAACAUUUUGUAAAGUUUUGAUAGUGAACCAGUUUAAGGUUUGAGAGAAGGCUGUAAUUUUUUAUUUGUUUAGUUUAUCCUUUGAUUAAUUUGCAAACACCACUUUCCUGUAAUUGCAGGUAGAACCACAACUCCAUCAAGCAAUGGCUAUCUUCAAAACCAUGCGCACAAUACAGCCAAUAACAAAUGGAACAGCAGAGAAAACAUCAUGACUGAAUCAUGUGUGUAACUUUAUAAUCACUUACAGUAAUGCUUGUACGUACGUAAUCUGAAAAUGUUGGCGAGAAGACUGGUCCCAACAGCUUCCUUUACAUUGAAUUGCUUUCAUAGUGUCAGAUGGGAGCUUAACCCUUUAGCCCUAAGAGUGAUCAGCAUCAAAUUUCUCCUUGUAAUAUCAAUGCUUUGUACAACAGAGUGGUCAUGAGAAUUACAGACAUGAUCACACAAGAUGAAUUUGCUUGAUAUUUUUUCAACUUCUCCCCACUGCUACUGUAGGAAAUGAAUAGGGGAAACAAAUGAGAAUUCAAAUUUUGAUCUUAGGGCUUAAAGGGUUAAGCAAUGAUGACGGUUACAGUGACGAAAAUAUCUCUUGGUAAGUCACCUAACGCUGUUUCCAUGUCGCUCAAUUUGUCAAAUGUUAGUGAAUUUUUGUGAGUUGAAUUCUCAAGAACUGUAUUUAAGUUUUUAGAAAAGAUAAAAAAUCGUUCUGUGGUGUUCGUAUCCUCCAGAAAAUGUGAAAUCAGGCAGUUCACAUUGUGUUUGAUUGGGCAAGAAAUAAGUGUCCGUUGUCCGCAUUAUCGGGUGUCCGUAUUAAGCGCGUUGAAUUUAGAGAAAAUGUAAGGGCUUCCUUAGGGGCAAAGAAAACUGUCAGUAAUAACGAGGUGUCCGUAUUAAGUAGGCGUCCGUAGAACUGGGUUCGACUGUACUUUUAAAAAUCAUCGGCUGCAGUUCUUUGGUUAUUAAAACACAGAUAUUCAGAGAGAAGUUUUUAUUGACAGGGCGCGGGAGUGUAUUAAGAGAUAUAUUCUUUACUAUUACUGAGAGAGUUAGAAUAACAGUAUAAGUCAUGGUUAAUAAAAUAUUAGUGAUAUUUUGUUACUCCUAUUGCCUAACCCAUCUUUAGCUCGAUUGGAUGUCGAUCACAAUUUCAGCAAAAUUUGCUGUUUCAUAAUAAUAUUUAUAAUAAAAACUUUAAUAGUGUCAGUUUUUAAUAUUCUACAAACAAUUUUCUAAACCUAGAUUAAGGACUUUCACUAUUUCCACAUUAACAAAUACGCUCAAUUUAGAUUGGUGAGGUAGUUACGUCACUGUUUAUGUGAGGUGUCCAGUUCACUCUGUGUAGCAGAAACAAGCACAGUAAGAGGGGUGUGUCAUGUCCCUUUGUUGCAAUACUUUGGUCAUUAUAGUCAACUAAGAAUGUGAGAGAUGCUACCAAUAGCUUCCUCAAAGAAAGCUAGAUUGAACUGCAUACAGCUGCCUCUGGUUGCUAAGCAACAUCUUCUAAAACCUUUUGCUAUAUUUAUCGUUUAACUGAUAUUGUUACAUUCUCCGUAAUGGAAAUAGAAAGAAGUUACACUAGAUUAUUCUUGUACAUAACGACUCCCACGAGUCCAUAGAAAAAAUACUGUGAAAGUGAAAAAGAUACCCGAAAUAGAUCAUUUAUUUUUAAUAUUUUCAAAACCGUAAAAAUCCACACCAUGUACUAACGAGAAGUUGAUUCACCGAAC